CUGGAAGCAAAGACAGCUUUCUCUUUUUCAGCCAUCGUGCCUGGACACAUCACGUCUGCUCCUCCCCCCCACCACAAAAAAAACAACAACAACUAAUAGUAUUAAAUAGUAGCAAUGACCACCGCACAGCCGAUUUUCUCCAAAGGAGAGAACUGCAAGCAAGGCUGGAACGACGCGAGCGCCGAUUACAAUGAGUCCGACACACACCUCGAGAUUUUGGGGAAACCUGUCAUGGAGCGCUGGGAGACUCCAUACAUGCACUCUCUCGCAACCGUCGCAGCGUCUAAAGGUGGACGUGUCCUUGAGAUUGGCUUUGGCAUGGCUAUAGCUGCUACUAAAAUUGAAUCUUUUCCUAUCGAGGAACACUGGAUCAUUGAGUGCAACGAUGGUGUGUACCAGAGGUUGCAAGAAUGGGCCAAGUCUCAACCACACAAGAUUGUUCCUCUUAAAGGCCUGUGGGAAGACGUGGUUCCCACCCUCCCUGAUGGCCACUUUGAUGGAAUCCUUUAUGACACAUAUCCCUUGUCAGAAGAAACCUGGCACACUCACCAGUUUAACUUCAUUAAGGCCCAUGCUAAGAGGCUUCUGAAGUCGGGUGGUGUCCUCACCUACUGCAAUCUCACCUCCUGGGGCGAGCUGCUCAAGUCCAAAUAUGACAACAUAGACAAAAUGUUCCAGGAAACGCAGGUGCCUCAGCUGCUAGAGGCUGGAUUCAAAAAGGAGAAUAUUAACACCACGCUGAUGGACAUCAAUCCACCAAGUGAAUGCAAAUACUAUUCCUUCAACAAGAUGAUUACACCAACUAUACUUAAAGAAUAAGCUACACGCCCAAGCUGCCUGCAUACAUACCUGUCUACUGUGCUUUUUAUGUCUAAUAAAAAUUUGUUUUAAUGCUACCUGUUUUAUAGGGGGAACAAAUUAUUUUGCAUAAUUGAAAUUCUAUGGUGGGAGUCAUGAAAUGUUUAUAAAUAUUCAUGCAAAUAAAAGCACAAGACUAUUA